AUGAAAUUUUUUCCUUCGUCAUUGACGAAGAAUGCAUUUACUUGGUUUUCAAAUCUUAGACCGAAUUCGAUCACAACAUGGAAUCAGUUAGAAACUGCUUUUCACACUCAGUUUUAUCGAGGGGAAAUGAACGUAGCAGUUACUGACCUAGUGGCUUUGAAACAUGAAUAUGGUGAGACCAUCGACGAUUAUUUAAUACGUUUCAAAAAUGGUAGAAGUAGAUGCCACGUGACAUUACCUGGGAGUGAAAUAGUGAAAAUAGCAACCAUGGGGUUGGGGUUCUAUAUGCGCUGGAAAUUGCUUAAUGUGCAUAUUCCUGAUCUGGCUCAUUUGGCUAAAAAGGAGGAAUUUGAUUUCGAAACAGAAGUCGAUUUGGCUGAACUUAAGAAAGGUCCUCCAUAUGUUUGCUCUUUACUGAAAAAACUUCCUAGUAGUGAAAAGUCGAAUGAUUCAAAACUUAAAAGUGGGAAGAAAUAUAGUUUUGAUAUCUCGAAAUCUGAUCAUAUUUUUGAUGCGUUGUUUAAAGAUAAACAAUUAGUUUUGCCUGAGGGGAGAACUUUACUUUCCGUAAAAGAUUUAAAAGGAAAGCCUUACUGUAAAUUUCAUCAAGCAACAAGUCAUUCGACUAACAGUUGUGUCCGUUUUAGGGAUUUGAUUCAAGAAGCAAUCAUGGAAGGACGAUUGAAAUUUGAUGAUGGCAAGAAGGAAAUGAAGGUUGAUGUUGAUCCCUUCAAAGUCGAUGCUAGUUAUUUUGAACCUUGCUUGGGGGUGAACAUGGUUGGCAUGUCUUAUGAUUUCGAUGUGGCUCUUGAUGAUUUUGAGUCACAUGUGAGAUCUGUCUAUCCUAGAACGGGAGAUGGCUUGCUAGAUUUCUUGGUUCAGUAA